AUGGCCAUUUUGACUUGUAUGAAGCUAGUCCAUCGGCAACAGAGAGUCAAUCAACAACAAACCGCAGAACGUCCAAGUAAGCGUCAAAAGCAGAGUGGUGUAUGGACAUACUACAUGGCAGCUGACAAUGGCGAAGGGGCUCAAUGUUUGUUGUGCUUGGAAAGCAAUAGUCAAUUUACGGUGAAGUGUCUUAAUGGAUCUACAUCAGGACAAUGGAAGCAUCUGAAAGCGAAGCAUACAAUCAAACAGCCUGAUAGAACGCAACGGAAUAUUGACGAACUCUUCCAAAGGCAAGUCAUAUUUGAUAACGACAGGUUUAACGUUCUGUUGGCUGAAUGGGUGGCCGGUGAUGAUCAAGCCUUUACUUCUGUGGAAUCCCCUUUUUUCAAGAAGCUGAUUUCCUAUCUCAAUGCUUCUGCGUCCAUAUGGCACUCUGCAUAUUCUGAACUCAAGGAAUAUCUCAAAAUUUGCAACACAUGUCAACUCUUUUCACCUCCAGGACGUCCUCGGUAUCAUCAUCAUGUGGUUGACAAGCAGUUUAGAUUGAACCAUAUUCUUUUGGAUUUUAUUCAUGUUGAAACAAGACACUCGGGUGAAGAACUAGCUAAUCAUUUGGACAAGUGUUUAACUGGAAAACUGGAAAAAUUGUGGACGAUGGAAGGACUCGAUUUUGAUCACAAACAAAACCAUGAUCGAUGUCUGGCUCACAUUAUGAAUAUCGCUAUCCAAUCUGCUCUUGCUGCUCUCUGUUGUCAACCCACCAAUGACGGUACCGAUGAUGAAAGUGUUCCGGCUUGUUUGAAGAAGUUGGGAAGAUGCCUAAAGUCAACCAGGAUGCCACCACAAAAGAUGGAUCAUCUUUUGCGAUUACGGGACGGAUGUGCCAAUACACUGACCUACAGCCCAAACUUAUUGACUGAUGACGAAUGGAGCUACCUUGGCCGGAUCAAAGUGUUACUGGAGGAGUUUGAAGAAGCAACGAAAUUCAUAUCAAUUCAACAAUAUCCCACCAUCAACAUAGUCAUCCCCGCAUACAAUUUCUUGAUGGAUUCCUUGGAGCGAUUUAUCAGUGAAGAAAGCGGCUGA